UCUGUGCAGAAGUGGAGGUGAGUGUUGAGUGAACAGAGUGCAAAGGGCGGACAGAAGCAGUAGUUGUACGUUUCAGUGGCUCGUUGCUCUGGAAAUGACAUUUUAUCAGAGAUAAGCGGAAUUCCAGCAGGUCGAGCUGCAGAUGAGGCUUCCUCUUCGCUCCUUUUGCAUCUUCAGGAGUUUAAUCUGUCGAAGGCCAACAACAGCAGACGCACGGAGGCGAAACUCAAGCAGUGCGGCGAUGCGUCUGGUGCAGUUUCGUCGCCACGGCGAUGGAGGAAGCAUCAUCAGGGUGGGAGUGGAGCUGGGCGAGGGGCUCGGUGUGGUGGAUCUGAAGGCGUUUGACCCCUCCAUGCCCUCCACGAUGAGAGAGCUGCUGGAGCUGGGAGACAAGGGUCUGGAGAGCGCACACAGAGCUCUGGCGUCCGGUCAGUGUUUGGUGGAUCGAGCCGACAUCCAGCUGCUGCCUCCCGUCUCGGCCCCAGAGAAGGUGGUUUGUGUCGGGAUGAACUAUAAGGACCACUGCCUGGAGCAAAACGCCCCGAUCCCCCAAAAACCCAUCAUCUUCAGCAAGUUCCCGAGCGCUAUCACGGGUCCGUACGAUGACAUCAUUCUACCCACAGAGAGCCAGGAGGUGGACUGGGAGGUGGAGCUGGCCUUUGUGAUUGGACGAAGAGGAAAACACAUCAAGGAGGAAGACGCUCUCUCCUACGUGGCCGGAUUCACCGUGGCCAAUGACGUCAGCGCUCGUGACUGGCAGAUGAACCGCAACGGGAAGCAGUGGCUGCUCGGAAAAACGUUCGACAGCUUCUGUCCUCUCGGCCCUGCCUUAGUAACGACAGACGCUGUGAAAGAUCCUCACAACCUGAACAUCCGCUGCCUUGUUAACGGAGCCACGAUGCAGAACAGCAACACUGAGCAGAUGAUUUUCAAGACGGCAGCGCUGGUCGCCUGGGUCUCUAAGUUUGUGACAUUAACUCCAGGAGACGUGUUCCUGACAGGGACGCCUCCAGGUGUGGGUGUGUUCAAAAAGCCACCGGUCUAUCUCAAGAGAGGAGACGUGGUGGAGUGCCAGAUAGACCAACUGGGCUCUAUCAUCAACAAAGUGGUCUAAACCCCGAGACAACAAUCCACCAAGUAAAGCUGUCAGCUGUGAAAAUAAAUUGUACUUCUGAUCUGUUGUUUCUCACCAUGAAUUACAACUCACAAACAAAGUCUUUUCCCCCUCCCUAUAACUGAAUAUGCAAAAGCAGCAGGAAAUGUAUAAAAAUGUAUGUAGCCUGAUGAAUGUGUUAAUCAAUGGUACUUGGGUAAUUGUGAGGAAGGAAAACGUGGUAUUUUUACUGAACUGUGUAAUUACGUGACUCAACCUCAGUUAUUGAGUCACAGUCAUCACCCGCUGUAAAAAUACCCUUCAUCAGCAGCCACCCACUCACGCUAUACAGCAGAAACCUGAACCUCCUGACUUAUUUCAAUAUGUAAUAAAUAAAACAUUUCUAAUUAUGUUUAA